AUGUCGAAGAAACUCAACCAUGAAAACUACGCAGUCGGAUGGAUCUGCCCGUUGGAGGUAGAACAAAUCGCUGCAUUAUCAAUGCUAGACGAAAAGCAUGAACGCCUCAAGCAGCCGCCAAGCGAUCAUAACGUUUAUAACCUCGGGGAAAUUGCCGGGCAUAACGUCGUCAUUGCAGGACUCCCAAUAACAGGCAAUACUUCCACAGCUGCUGUUGUUACACAAAUGCGAAAUACCUUUCCGAAUCUGAAAUUCGGUCUUUUGGUUGGCAUCGGAGGUGGUGUCCCUGUAAAGACUGAUGAGGGAAUGAUACGGCUCGGGCAUGUCGUCGUUAGCAAGCCCACAGACGGACACUCAGGCGCCAUUCAAUACGACCAUGGGAAAGCAAAAGUUGGCGAGUUCGAGCGCACCGGUGCUCUUGCUCCACCGCCGGCCAUACUUCUUAAUGCUGCACAAGACCUAGCGGUCGAUAGAGCCAUGUCGCGCAAGGAUCCCCUCGAUGAAAAUAUCAAGAGAAUCGACACAAGUAUUCGAGGACUGCGGAAAUUCAAAUGCCCAGGUACGGCGCAUGAUCAUUUAUACAAGCCAAGCUAUAUUCAUCCAAAGCCUGGAGUGCCCUACCACGAAGCCGGAUGUGACCAUUCACAGCGUGUCGAAAGACCAAUCGACGAGGAUGAAGAGUCUUACAUUGCUGUACAUAGAGGAACUAUCGCAUCUGGUGAGAUGGUAAUCAAGGAUGCCACAGUACGAGAUCUACAAGCGACACAGUACAAUCUUCUGUGCUUUGAGACUGAGGCAGCAGGUGCUCUAGUAGAUUUUCCUUGCCUUGUGGUUCGUGGGAUCUCAGACUAUUGUGACUCUCACAAGAAUGACAAAUGGCAUGGAUACGCAGCAGCAGUAGCGGCAGCAUAUGCUAGACAGCUUUUCUUUCAUAUGCCGGUCAGUGAAGUUAAGAGCUAUAUUUCUGAAAUCACAGAAAAGAAUAUCCAUCAUGUGAAGCUCCGGCAAGAUGAUAAAGAUCGUCAAAAUAUUUUAAACUGGCUCACGGAAGUUGACUAUGGUCUUCAGCAGAGUGACUGCCUUAGCCGACGGCAGCCUGGUACAGGCAGAUGGCUUGUAGAGACGACACAAUACCAGACAUGGCUGGACACAGACCAGGGGGUUUUGUUCUGUCCAGGUAUUCCAGGAGCAGGAAAGACCAUUCUCACAUCGAUCAUGAUUGAAGAAUUGACAAGACACUUCAGCGAUGACCCGGAUAUUGGCAUUGCAUACCUAUACUGUGACUUCCGACAGCAAGACCAGCAACAAACUCAGGACCUUUUGGCUGGUCUGCUGAAACAACUAAGUCAAUGCCGCUCUUCCCUUCCAGAAAAAGUAAAUUCACUAUACAACCAACACAAACAAAGACAGACGCGGCCUUUGCUGCAUGAAAUUUCCGAGGCUCUACGGUCUGUGAUUGCCAUUUAUUCUAGAGUAUUCAUCAUCAUCGAUGCUAUCGACGAAUGUCAAGAAGCCAGAGGCAACCGAGCCAGGUUCUUAAAAGAGAUUUUUAACCUUCGGGCCAGCUGCAAAGCAAACGUCUUUGCGACUUCGAGGUUCGUUCCAGAUAUCAGGGACAAGUUUGACGGGCAUCCGUCAUUAGAAAUUCGUGCAAGCGAGGAAGACAUACAACGAUAUCUCGAAGGCCAUAUGGCUGAGCUACGACCUUUUGUCACCAGAGCCGAGAACCGGAAACUACUAGAAGAGAUUGUACAUGUUAUUUCACAUACUGUCGACGGGAUGUUUCUCCUAGCACAGAUCUACCUUGGCUUACUUAGCGACAAAACUACAACAACCAAAAUUAGAAACGCGUUAAAACAAUUUCAGAACCAAAAACUCAAAUUUGGGGAUGGUCAGAUGCUUGAAGCAUUAACCGAUGCAUACAAGCAAACCAUGGAUAGGAUCAACAGCCAGAAGCCAGAUUUACGGCAACUUGCUAUACAAGUUCUAUCGUGGAUCACAUGCGCAAAGAGACCAUUGACCAAAUGGGAACUUCAACAUGCCCUUGCCAUUGAAGCCGGGGAUCCUGCACUUGAUUCGGACAACAUGCCGCAAGUCGAGGACAUAUUGUCCGUGUGCGCUGGAUUGGUCACGACUGACGAAGAAAGCGGCAUCAUUCGAUUAGUUCACUAUACAACACAAGAAUACUUUGAAGAAACAAAAAGCCAUUGGUUCCCGGGCGCAGAAACCAAUAUCACAGAGACAUGUGUAACCUACCUAUCAUUUGAUAAUUUUGGUGCGAGCUUUUGUUCAACGAAGGAACAUCUUUGGGCACGACUGCAGUCUAAUAUCCUGUAUGACUAUGCCGCCCGAAAUUGGGGAUAUCAUGCCCGUGAAGCUUCAACACAGGCAGUACAGCGAAUCAUAUCCCUUCUAAAUGACGAAGUAAAAAUCUCGGGUUGUAGCCACGUGAUGGAAGACACCAAUCGCGGCCCAAAGCCGCGCCUUUUCAAGAAUGUGGUGGGACUACAUCUUGCAGCGUACUUCGGACUGGUACAAGUAUCCAUGAUAUUACUUGAGACAGGACACGAUGCAAAUGCCAAGGACAUUUACGGAUGGACCCCGUUAUCUAGGGCCGCAGAAAGGGGAAAUGAAGAAGUGGUCAAAUUGCUCCUUGCAAAAGAUAAGGUUGAUAUGGAAUCUGAAAAUACCUGGCUGGCCAAGCCCCUGUCAAUAUCCGUGGACAGGGGGCAUGAAGAGGUGGUUAAAUUGCUAUUAGAACAUGGUGCAGAUCCAAAUUCCGGGGGAUGGGGUUUAUGGAGACCGCUGUGGUAUGCAGCUUGGAGAGGGCAUAUUGCUAUAACAAAGUUGCUACUGGAUAAAGGUGCAAAUCCAAAUUUCCAGAUCCCUAGUAGGUCAUAUGGUCAAAGAAAUCCGCUAUCGCUAGCUAUAGAGGGCGGACACGAGGAUAUUGUGAAGCUUCUGCUUGAAGCUGGCGCCGAUCCGAACCCGAAGAUGAACUACUAUGAUCGAACGUCACUGCCGUCUGCCUUAGUAAAAGGGUAUGAGCCGACUGUCAAGCUUUUGUUAUAUCGUGGCCCACACAUCGACAAUAGGCACGAUUACCAUAAACGAACACCACUGUCAUAUGCGGCAGCAAACGGGCGUAAAACUAUGGUCAAGCUGCUACUUGAAACGGAUGGCAUUGAUCUGGAUUCUGAGGACUCUAAUGGCCGGACACCGCUGUCAUAUGCAGCAGAGAAUGGGCAUGAGAGCGUGGUGAGAUUGUUACUUACGAAAAAAGAGGUCAGCCCAGAUAAAGCAGACACUCUCAAUGGACGAACACCACUUCACUACGCAGCGGAGAAUGGGCGUGAUCGAAUAAACAAGCUACUGCUUGCGACGGGAAAACCCAACCCAGACCCAACGGCAGGAUAUCAGAAGCGAACCCCUUUGUCAUUUCCAGCAGAGAAGGGACAUGGAAGAGUAGUCAAGCUGCUCCUUGCGCAGGAAAAGGUCGAUCCAGACUUUAAAGAUCGUUACAACGUGUAUACACCCUUGUACUAUGCGGCAGAAAAUGGGCAUGAUAUGGUAGUUAGACUCCUGCUUGCAACGGGCAGAGUUAACCUGGACGUCAAAAGAUCCAGGGGAAAGAUAAUACUAGAAUGUGCGGAAAUCAUGGGGCACAAGGUUGUGGUGAAGCUACUGCUCACGGCAGACAGGCCACGGAGUUGA